UCUGCACACCCCACACCUCCCCGCUCCGCUGAGCCCUGCGCUGAGCCAGCCCAGCUACAAAAGCGUGUCCUGACCGCAGGCUCCUGGGAUGGCGUUUGGCAAGCGGAACCCCAAGCCUGGAGACCUGAUCGAGAUCAAGCGACCACUUUAUCAGCACUGGGCUCUCUACUUGGGCGAUGGGUAUGUCAUCCACGUGACGUCCGAAGAUGAAGGGAUCCCACAUCAGUCAUCUGGCAUUGUGGCCAUAUUGACCAAAAAGGCCAAGGUGAAGAAGCAACUCCUAAAGGAUGUGGUGGGAACUGAUGACUGGGAGGUCAACAACAAGUAUGACUGCUCCCACACUCCCCUCGCAGUGAAGGAGAUCAUCAAGCAGGGUGAGAGCUACAUUGACAGGGAGGUGCCUUAUGACCUGCUCAGCAAAAACUGCGAGCACUUUGUGACAAUGCUCCACUAUGGCAAGAGUGUCUCUGAGCAGGCAAGUGCCUGGACUGUAAGGAGAGAUGAGAGCAAAACAACUGUUUGUAAGAGGCUUGCUGGUUGUGUCUGCUCUUCACAUGCUGUCAAAGAUUUAACCCUAGCCAGCAACUAAGGAGCAGAGAGCCAUUUGCUCACUCACCUACUGGCAGGACUGGGAGAGAACCAGAGAAGCUGAAGUGAAAAAACUUGUGGUUUGAAACAAACAUGUUUCAGUAAGUAAAUCAAAAAUCACGCACCCAAGCAAAGCAAAACAAGGAGUUAAUUCACUAGUUUUUUCCAUGCCUAUUUUUUAAUGUUUGAAAUAACAAAGCCAGGACUUCCGGUCAUGUUUUGUAGAUCCCCCUGUUAUUACAUGUAAAUGAAGUCAUUGUUUUUAAUGCAGGAAAACAUAUUCUCAUAAAACUGAAACUGAAAGUCCUUUCUUGAUUCCUGGAAAUGUAAUCAAAACUGCUUUCAUGGUUAAACUAUUUAGGUGGUUUUACAGCAAGCCCUCAGCUUUAAGCUUUCUGUAUUCAGAGCCUUAUCUGCAACACCUGGCAAGGCAGCACUUGUGAGGGCAGCACUUGCACCACUCCCAUGUCUAAUUCACCCUGGAAAGGGCAAGAAUACUGUAAUUACUUCAGGUAGUGAAUUUUCUUGUACUUGCUGGAAGCUGUAACAUUUCAUUGAAUGUAGGGGUUUGCACCUGUACCGUGCUUGUCUGUGCGGUCAAGAUUAGGUUGAUUAUUAUUUGGCUGCCUUUCCAUCAAGUUGGUCGGUGCAUUGAUACUAUUUGACUGAACACUGCCUGAACCAUGAAGAGAGUGUGUGAGGAGGAACAACAGAAUCCAUCACUUGCCACAGAGCUGGUUUUGCUCAAGAUGACCUCACAGCUGGAAGAUCCUAAGAAUAUUCAGUGUGGGAAUAUUCAAGCAUUGUGCUUGCUUUGAGCUGUUUUCUGUCUGCCUUGAGAAGUGCAAUUUCUGCAAGAGAUAACCAUGCUGCAAAAAAGACUUAAAACCCCUUCUUCAGAGGCCUGGGCUUCCUGCUGUGGGGGCAAGAGGGAUAAGAAGCUUGGAGAUUGUAGGACAACUUUUACAAAGCAAGCUACUGCAUGUUUCUUAUUAUAGCAUUAUAUUAUCAAUAUUUAUGUAAUUUACUGGCUAGAUUAUAACAAAUAUUAAAAUAAUGUAAUAA